AUGUUCAAGCAAUUAAAAGUUAAUAAAAGUUCUCGCUAUCGUCGCCGCAAUAGAGCUGAAGUCCUAACUUCUUUAUUAUUUUCCUCAUCAAGUUCUGAUGAUGAUUCAAUGGAAGUUAGUUUGUUCUCAGGUUUUAAAAAUACUAUAUCUCCUCAAUCACAAAUGUAUGUUACAUCCAUAGUUAAUACCUCUCAAAAUGAAAAUUCUAUUGAUGAACUAAAUCAUCAAGAACCUAAUAAUAUAGUUGAACAAUUUAAUGAAUUUGAGUCGAGUUUGGAUAGCUCUUCAUCAUCAGAUUCUGAACAAACACCAAAUCUAAGACUUAUUAUAGCAAUUUGGGCUAUUCGUCAUGACAUUACACACUAUGCAUUAAAUGAUCUACUUAAAAGUUUAUCAAUAUUACCUGCAUUUUCAGAGCUACCUAAAGAUGCUAGAACUUAA